AUGAAAGGUAAAAAAACUGCUAUAUCAGCAGAUCUUCCAAAUUACUUUACAGCUUCUUUGUACUCAGUAUUUAACCCUCAACAAAAGAAUACUUCAUCUUCCAAACGACUAGGUUUGGGUAGAUUAUUAAAGACAGGCGUUAGCCAUAUUGGUGACACAGUCACCAAAGACCUCCCGUACGGAAGUUUCAUCCACUUUUUGACUCCAAGCAAGAGGUCUAACCCUUAAUAAUUGGUGCAACUUCCGGUAUCUUAUGUCUCCUUUUGCCUUGCGGCUUCAGUCUUGAGUGCUUAUGAAUUUCUGCGGCCCUGCUACAGGCGAUUGGAGUAGCUUGAUUCCAAGGAUCAACUGGAGUCUGUCGGAUACCAAAGUGCCUUCCUUCGACAGCUACAGGAAAAGAAUAUUCCCUCUGCCGAAAGCCCCAGUUUCUCGGUAGAGGAAUGCCCAUGGUUCAUCGGAUCCAAAAUGACGUUGUUGAGCACCUCCAUUUCCAUCGAAAGGAAAGCGGCCAAAACCUACCCGGAUACACAUCUCUUGAGCCUGCACUGAUUCUCAGCUCGGAACCCGUCCCAGUUUGCCAUAGCCAUAAAGUCUGGACUGUUACACCGAGGGUAGGUUGACACGUGUCUCCAUUUUAAUGUAUAUAAUCGAUUAGGCACCACUCAAAAAAAUGACGUUUGUAUCGAAUCACCUGACGAAUUCCACCUUCCCUCAUCAAGGAUAAGAGCUCCUGAGUCCUGCAUAUCUAUGACAAAAAUUCCAAGCAGAAGAGGCAGCUCAAUUCCAUUCCAAACAUUCUAUGACCAAACCUACAUGCACAGCUCAAUUGAUCUCCAUUCAGUUAAACCAAGCGUAUCUAUUGAUAUGUCUUCUAUAAAGAAAUCUCCCCCAAAAACAAAAAUCGAUUUUUAUAAGAGAUUCCAAAAUCAUAUGAAUUCUCAAGGAUUUGGGAAAUAUAAAGGAAUUUAUUCUUAUAGAGCAGAUCAGCCUCAUUUCUUGAGAGUUGACUCAAAUUCUGAGUCAGCGUUGAGAUCGACAAUGUAUAAUGGUUUUCAAAAGAAAAAGCCUAUACAGUAUGUUAUAAAAAAUAAUGAAGACUUUAAAGUUGACGAAGGGUUGAUUAGCUUGAAUAAUAAAAUCAAAAUGCAUAUUGAAAAGCAGGAAAGCCAUUUUAUAAAAAAUUAUAAAAAAGCGACAAGGCAUCAGAGGUCUAGAAGCAUGGAAUCGCUACUGUUUGCAACUAGCCAAUCUCCAAUAAGAGCGAAAGCUGGUAAUUAG